UCGUAUCUGGGACACGGCGUCGGGACAGUGUCUGAAGACUCUGAUUGAUGACGACAAUCCUCCGGUGUCUUUUGUGAAGUUUUCUCCCAACGGAAAAUACAUCCUCGCCGCUACACUCGACAACACAUUGAAGCUCUGGGACUACAGCAAGGGAAAGUGUUUGAAGACAUACUCUGGACAUAAGAAUGAGAAGUACUGCAUCUUCGCCAACUUCUCCGUCACAGGAGGGAAGUGGAUCGUGUCGGGGUCUGAGGACAGCAUGGUUUACAUCUGGAACCUUCAGACCAAAGAGAUCGUCCAGAAACUACAAGGACACACAGGUCUGACCUCUGACCUCUCAGCACCACCACAACUUUAUCUCCCAGUCUCUAACUUUAUCUCCUAGUGUCUGACUUUAUCUCCUAGUGUCUGACUUUAUCUCCUAGUGUCUGACUUUAUCUCCUAGUCUUUAACUUUAUCUCCUAGUCUCCAACUUUAUCUCCUAGUGUCUGACUUUAUCUCCUAGUGUCUGACUUUAUCUCCUAGUGUCUGACUUUAUCUCCUAGUCUUUAACUUUAUCUCCUAGUCUCCAACUUUAUCUCCUAGUCUCUGACUUUAUCUCCUAGUGCCAGACUUUUAUCUCCUAGUCUUUUAACUUUAUCUGCUAGUCUUUAACUUUAUCUCCUAGUCUCUAGCUUUAUCUCCUAGUGUCUGACU